AAAGAUAAGGAUUUAAAGCCCCACCUUUCAUUUUCCUCGCCUUACCAGGAAAUGACUAAUGAAUAGGCUCAAUCGCCAGAAUAGCAUAAGCUUCACACACUCGUAAACUUCUCGGGUUUACUUAAAAACUAUACAUUUGAAGUUCCAAUUGGCUGAAUUUUGCUUCAAAGGUGAACAAGGAAUGAAGGACUUAUGAAAGCAGCAGACUUAACCUCUAGUUUUCAAGUCAAUAUGACGCCUGUGAUUCCAUAUUCCAUAAGCAAUGUCUCACAUAUUCCUGGAACUGCCUUUACUGCAAGAAAGAACGACUGUUUAACAAAAUUCAGUAUUUCAAGGAAAUCCACAAGACAUACUCUAUCCCCAAAGAGUUUUCUUUUACCUUUUUCAACCUCUAUCAAAUUGCAUCCAUUGUACAACAGCAGGUGCCCUGUACAUCAUAGAUCUAGAAUCCCUGUAUCUGCCGCAGGAACCGAUGUAGCAGUUGAGGAAGCUGAUUCACCAGUUGCAGAUGCAGCUUCUAUUGAAGCCUUGGAUAAUUCCUCCGAUGGCAGCCCCAGCCCAUCUCAAUCUAGGCGUACAAAACCUGUUAGGAAAAGUGAGAUGCCACCUGUGAAGAAUGAGGAGCUGGUUCCGGGUGCUAGUUUUACUGGGAAAGUAAGAUCAAUCCAACCAUUUGGCGCUUUUAUUGAUAUUGGAGCUUUCACUGAUGGCCUUGUACAUGUUUCGCAAUUGAGUGAUAGUUAUGUUAAGGAUGUUGGAAGCGUUGUUUCUGUUGGGCAAGAGGUGAAGGUGACAUUAGUUGAAGCCAAUACAGAGACUGGGCGGAUCUCUCUCACUAUGCGUGAAGGUGACGAUGGCAGUAAGCCGCAGCAAAGGAAAGAUGCUUCUGCUAGUAGUGAUAGGGCUGGACCUGGUAGAAGGAGUAGCCCAAAGAAAGGUGAUAGGAAAAAUGAGGUGAGGAAAACCACAAAGUUUGUUAAGGGACAGGACCUAGUGGGCACGGUAAAGAAUUUGGUCAGGGCUGGUGCUUUUAUAUCUCUUCCUGAGGGAGAGGAAGGGUUCCUGCCUACGUCGGAGGAAGCUGAUGAUGGAUUUGCAAACGCUUUGGGGGAGACCUCCCUGGAGGUUGGCCAGGAAGUAAAUGUCCGCGUCCUGCGUACUACAAGAGGACAAGUAACCUUGACAAUGAAGAAAGAAGAAGAUGCUCUAAAGUCGGACUCCCAGAUCAGUCAAGGAGUAGUCCACACUGCAACAAACCCAUUUGUUCUGGCUUUUCGCGAAAACAAGGAUAUUGCUUCGUUUUUGGAUGAGAGAGAGAAAAUAGAGAAAGCAGCUAAAACAAUUGCAACACAAAAGAGUUCAGAAGAAUUAGAAGGGAAGGUUAAUGAAAGUGAGUCCAACAUUAGUGAAGUGCUGGACGAACAAGCAAGCAGUGACAAGGGAACUCUUGGAAUCCCUUCUGCAGUGAAUGAAACAGUUGAAAAUGAUGGUGCUGAUGUUGGAACCAAUGAUAAUGCCUUGAGCAUUUCUGUGAACAACAAAGAGGACCAGGAAAGCCCAGUUUCUGGUUCAAUUGAAACGCUAGAAACUACAGUCCAAACCAUAGAAAAAGAAGAGGUGAAUUCUGAUAUAUUGGCUCCUGAAGGAAGUAUAUCUACCACUGGUUCUAUAAUAAAGGAGCCUCCUUCAACAGAUGGAGUGGAAAAUGAUGCAAAUGCGGAUCCGUCUAGUGAAAUAGCUAAUCACACAUUGCCUUCAGAAAGUCCAACAGUCGAAGAGGUCGUAGAGGGUCAAGUUGAUGAUACCAUAGUAAAAGAUGAACUGCAAAUACAACCACCUGCUUCAGAAAGCGAAAUUCCUUCUACUUCAAUAACUAAAGAAACAAAAGAAAGUCAGGCCACCAAAGCUGUAGAUGACGUACCUGAAAACAUUAGGGAGGAAGUGCAGAUACAAACACCCGCUGCUGAGAGUGAAUUGCCUUCUAUCUCACAAGUGGAAGAUGACAAAGUGGGAAGUACCCCUGAGAGGAAUGGUGGUGUUUCUAAUUCAAAUGGAGAAACUGACAAUCCUUCCCCGAAGGAAAGUGUGACUAAAGAAACUAUAUCACCAGCUCUUGUAAAGCAGCUGCGUGAAGAAACAGGAGCCGGAAUGAUGGAUUGCAAAAACGCUUUGUCAGAGACUGGUGGGGAUAUUGUUAAAGCUCAGGAGUUCCUUAGAAAGAAAGGCUUAGCAAGUGCAGACAAGAAAGCCAGCAGAGCAACUGCUGAAGGAAGAAUAGGUUCAUACAUUCAUGAUAGCAGGAUUGGUAUCUUGCUAGAGGUAAACUGUGAGACAGAUUUUGUUUCCCGGGGUGACAUUUUCAAGGAGCUGGUUGAUGAUCUAGCCAUGCAAGUGGCUGCAUGCCCGCAAGUACACUACCUUGCUACAGAAGAUGUUCCUGAAGAGUUUGUCAACAAGGAAAGAGAAAUUGAGAUGCAGAAAGAAGAUCUUUUGUCAAAGCCAGAGCAGAUUAGAUCAAAGAUUGUUGAUGGGAGGAUCAGGAAGAGGCUUGAGGAGCUGGCAUUGCUUGAGCAGCCCUACAUUAAGAAUGAUAAGGUGGUGGUGAAAGACUUGGUGAAGCAAACCAUUGCAACUAUUGGAGAAAACAUAAAAGUGAAAAGGUUUGUGCGCUACAAUCUUGGAGAAGGCUUGGAGAAGAAGAGUCAGGAUUUUGCUGCAGAGGUGGCUGCCCAAACUGCAGCAAAACCAGCACCCACAGGAGGAAAAGAGCAGCCUGCUGCAGUGGAAGCCAAGGAAACUGUUGAGAAGGCACCUACUGUAGCUGUCUCUGCCGCUUUGGUUAAACAACUACGUGAAGAAACUGGAGCGGGGAUGAUGGACUGCAAGAAAGCUCUCUCUGAAACUGGAGGCGACCUUGAGAAGGCACAAGAAUACCUGAGGAAGAAGGGUCUCUCUUCUGCUGAAAAGAAAUCCAGCAGGCUUGCUGCUGAAUGCAGGAUCGGGUCCUACUAUCAUGACUCCCGCAUUGGAGUUCUAGUUGAAGUGAACUGCGAGACUGACUUUGUUGGAAGUGAAAAAUUCAAGGUGUUGGUUGAUGAUCUGGCAAUGCAAGUUGUGGCCUGCCCGCAGGUGCAAUUUGUGUCCAUUGAAGAUAUUCCAGAGAGCAUUGUAACCAAGGAAAAAGAGCUUGAGAGGCAGAGGGAGGACCUUCUGUCAAAGCCUGAGAACAUUAGAGAGAGAAUUGUGGAGGGGAGGAUCUCAAAGAGGCUUGGGGAGCUUGCUCUUUUAGAGCAACCUUUCAUCAAAGAUGAUAGUCUUCUGGUGAAGGACCUAGUGAAGCAGACUGUUGCUGCUCUUGGGGAGAAUAUUAAAGUUCGCAGGUUUGUUCGGUUCACUCUUGGGGAGACAGUUGAGGACGCAAAAGCAGAAGCAGCAGCCGAAGCUUGAGACAAAGAAGAAACUUUAAGUUAGCAUGGAAGCAUCGAUCGGCAAUGAUGGGGUCUGUUUAUUCAUGGUGAGGCAAGAGCUAGAGGAUAGUAAGAAUGGGUAAAACAACUUUUAGAUGGAAGUAAUAUGAUUCUUUUUUGUUUUGGUUUUAGUAUGUAUCUGAAGCUAGGGCUGAUCAUGCUUUGCUUUAUAUGGACGUCAAAGGUACUGUUUUUGUCAUCUAUAUUGCGAGAGAGAAGAGAGCAUCAACCAUCUCUGAUAUUUUUUUUUUCUUUGUUGCACCAUUGAUGGAAAUACAAUUCUGUUGAGGCAUUUUUGGAAAUAGUGUAUAAUAAUAUUUAUAUAAAAACAUGGUUCAACACUGUCA